AUGUCUCCCCGCGAUGUUCCGUCAAACACUCGUCUCCAGGUGGAGGAGUUCAUCCGCUGGGUCUUCGCCGAAGAUUCCGCCACCCUUGGUAGCGCUGCCGCCAAGGAAGUGGUCAACGACAUCACCUUGCUGGUGGGAGGUUGCUCGCGAUGGGAAGAGUUCGACGGCGAGUACGUGCAAGUGAAAGGAAUGUCUCAUGGCCGGCGGCCCGUCUUCUACAGUGCUGAACAUCAGAAGUAUUUGUAUUACCACGGCAAGAGAGGGCAAUGGCAGAUUCAUCACAAGAUCGGCAACUAUGCGAGCUGUCGUUUGAAGACCAAGCGAGCGGCUCACGCGGUAGGAUGGGAUGCCAACGAAGUGUGGGGCGUGUGGAAUCAGAGCAAGAAGAGCUUUGUCAAGGAGCCUGACAUGGGCGUUUGCUAUAUGCCACCACCCACCCCGGAAGAGCUUCUAGAGGCUGCUCCCCUCCUGGCAUACCAAGCAGAGUGUCCUGUGGACGAUGGUGAGGCCUUGGGCUUGUGGUUCAAGAUGAAGGAGAGGCUGCUCAAUGGACGUCCUGUGUACCAGAAGAUGCAGAGGCAAGAAGAUGGUUCCCUAAAAGGGCUUAUUGCGUAUCUCUUCUACACCGCUGGGAGGUGGAAGAUGUGCUGCCGAAUCUUGGAAGACCUAGCACCGGAGGAGUACUACGCCUGCAGCGAGGAGUCACAGAGCUAUUCUCCCGCCAAGGCGACCUGGAAGUACAAGGGAAAGCCACGAUUAUGGACCACCCCCAAGCCGGAAGAUUUCAGAGCUGUGCCACCCGGCUGGAAAGACGAAAGCUUCGAGGGGUUGCACAUGAUGGGCGUCUGGACGGAUUACACGCGGCAAGCAGAAUACGUGCGCGCCUUGGAGUUGUCCAUGUUCAAAUCGCCGGACGGCAAAGCAGUGCUCUUCGGGGACAUGGAUCCCAGAGAUGCGAGACAAGGAGCCCUGCAAAAUUGUUCGUUCAUUGCGGCGAUCGCCGGCAUCGCGGAGUUUCCGUCCUUCAUUGAAGAGCAUAUCUUCCAGACCAAAGAGAUUGCUGAGGACGGCAAAUAUGAGUUCAAAUUGUUCGACUACAAAUCCAACGAGUGGACCAUUGUCACCAUUGAUGACUACCUGCCAUGCGUAGCAGGCGCAUUGAAGGAGCCACAGAAUGCCCUUUUGAUGUAUGCGAAAAUGCCUUCGGGCAAGAUGUGGCCAGCGCUUUUGGAGAAGGCCAUUGCUAAGCUGAUGGGCUCCUACCACGACAUGCGGGGCGUUCCCACCACGGUCUUUACGAUCAUGACAGGCGAGGCCGCAGCGGAGGAUGGUUUCGGAGAGUCCUCAGAGCUGGCAAUCGGAUCUCUUGA